CCGGGUAGAGUCCGGCGAGUCACCGCGGCGGCGCCGGGUGGGGUUUAAACCAUGUUAAGGAGGAUUUUGCAGAGGACUCCUGGGAGAGUUGGCUCUCAAGGUUCUGAUUUAGAUUCAUCAGCAACUCCUAUAAACACAGAUGUCAACAAUGAAAGCUCUUCAGAGGGUUUCAUCUGCCCAUUAUGCAUGAAAAGAUAUAUAACUGCUAUUGAUUUGUCGGAGCAUUACCAGAAAGUGCACGCUGAAAAUGAAACAAGAGGACAGGAACUUCUUAAUGACUCCAGUGUUAUUGGUUUCAUAUGUCCCCAGUGUAUGAAAUCUCUGGGAUCUGCUGAUGAGCUUUUCAAACACUACGAGGCAGUUCAUGAUGCUGGUAAUGAUUCAAGUCAUGGUGGAGAAGCUAGUCUUGCUUUGAAGAGAGAUGAUUUAACACUACUCAGACAAGAGGUUCAAGACCUACAGGCUUCCCUUAAGGAAGAGAAAUGGUACUCAGAAGAAUUAAAGAAAGAAUUAGAAAAAUAUCAAGGACUGCAGCAGCAAGAGGCAAAACCUGAUGGAUUGGUGGCUGAUUCAUCAGCAGAACUGCAAUCUUUGGAACAACAAUUAGAAGAAGCCCAAACAGAAAAUUUUAAUAUUAAGCAAAUGAAAGACUUGUUUGAACAGAAAGCAGCCCAACUUGCUACUGAAAUUGCAGAUAUAAAGUCAAAAUAUGAUGAAGAAAGGAGUCUUCGAGAAGCUGCUGAGCAAAAAGUGACACAUUUGACAGAAGAACUAAACAAAGAGGCAACUGUAAUUCAAGAUCUGAAGACUGAACUGCUUCAGAGACCAGGUAUAGAAGAUGUUGCUGUGCUGAAGAAAGAACUGGUUCAAGUUCAAACACUAAUGGAUAACAUGACAUUGGAACGUGAGAAAGAAUCUGAAAAACUCAAAGAUAAAUGCAAAAAGUUGCAAGCAGAGUAUGCUAACUCAGAGGCCACAAUUAGCCAGCUAAAGAGUGAACUUGCCAAAGGCCCCCAAGAAGUUGCUGUAUAUGUACAGGAAUUACAAAAACUUAAAAGUUCAGUUAAUGAAUUAACACAGAACAAUCAGAACUUAACAGAAAAGUUGUUGAAGAAAGAACUAGACUAUACCCAAUUAGAAGAAAAACAUAAUGAAGAAUCUGUGAGUAAAAAGAAUAUUCAAGUAAUCCUUCAUCAGAAGGACCUAGAUUGUCAACAACUUCAGUCAAGAUUAUCUGCAUCUGAAACUUCACUGCAGAGAAUACAAGCAGAACUAAGUGAAAAAGGUGAAGCUACUCAAAAGCUCAAAGAAGAAUUAUCAGAAGUAGAGACCAAGUACCAGCAUCUUAAGGUGGAGUUUAAACAGCUACAACAACAAAGAGAAGAAAAGGAGCAGCAUGGACUACAACUCCAAAGUGAAAUUAAUCAGUUACAUAACAAACUUCUGGAGACAGAGCGCCAACUUGGGGAAGCUCAUGGUAGGCUGAAGGAACAGAGACAGCUUUCAAGUGAAAAGUUGAUGGAUAAAGAACAACAAGUGGCUGAUCUGCAACUCAAACUUUCGCGUUUAGAGGAACAGUUGAAGGAAAAAGUAACAAAUUCCACAGAAUUGCAACAUCAAUUAGAUAAAACAAAGCAACAGCAUCAAGAGCAACAAGCUCUUCAACAAAGCACCACAGCAAAACUUCGAGAAGCUCAGAAUGAUUUGGAACAAGUACUACGACAAAUUGGUGAUAAGGACCAAAAAAUCCAGAACCUUGAAGCCUUAUUACAGAAGAGUAAAGAAAAUAUUUCUUUACUAGAAAAGGAAAGAGAAGAUCUUUAUGCAAAAAUUCAGGCUGGUGAAGGAGAGACUGCUGUUCUUAACCAAUUACAAGAGAAAAACCAUACAUUACAGGAACAAGUAACUCAACUAACAGAGAAGCUGAAGAAUCAGUCGGAAAGUCAUAAACAAGCCCAAGAGAAUUUGCAUGACCAGGUACAAGAACAAAAGGUGCACCUUAGAGCUGCACAAGACCGUGUCCUUUCCCUAGAAACCAGUGUCAAUGAAUUGAACAGUCAAUUAAAUGAAAGCAAGGAGAAGGUCUCACAGCUUGACAUACAGAUUAAAGCCAAAACUGAAUUAUUGCUAUCAGCAGAAGCAGCAAAAACUGCUCAAAGAGCUGAUCUUCAGAAUCAUUUGGACACAGCUCAAAAUGCAUUACAAGAUAAACAGCAGGAGUUAAAUAAGAUCACUACUCAGUUGGAUCAGGUCACUGCAAAGUUACAAGAUAGACAAGACCAUUGCAGUCAGCUGGAAAGUCAUCUUAAAGAAUAUAAAGAGAAACACCUCUCUUUAGAACAGAAAAUUGAAGAGCUGGAAGGGCAAAUUAAGAAACUAGAAUAUGACAAUUUUGAAGUGAAAGCAAGCAAGGAUCAAGGUUUGCAGGAUCUACAACAGCAAAGACAACUGAAUGCGGAUUUAGAGCUUAGGGCCGCAGAGCUAACUAAACAACUUGAAAUGGAGAAAGAAAUAGUAUCCAGUACAAAAUUGGAUCUACAGAAAAAAUCUGAAGCCCUUGAAAAUAGUAAGCAAAUGCUUUCUAAGCAGGAGGAAGAAAAAACAAGCCUGAAACAAGAAAUUGAAAAUUUAAGGAUGCAGCACAAGGAAUUAAAUAACAAAAUUCGAACAACAGAAACAGAACUACAAAAUGUGAAGAUGGAGAAAGAAACUCUAAUGACAGAGCUUUCUACAGUGAAAGAGAAAUUAUCAAAAGUUUCUGAUUCUUUGAAAAACUCCAGAAGUGAAUUUGAAAAGGAGAAUCAGAAAGGGAAAGCUGCUAUAUUAGAUUUGGAAAAAACUUGCAAAGAAUUAAAGCAUCAACUUCAAGUACAGACAGAAAGCACGCUUAAAGAACAGAAUGAACUAAAAAAAAUGCUAGAAAAAGAGAAGGAGACUUCUCAUCAAUUGAAGUCAGAACUCAAUUCAAUGCAGGGACAAAUCAUGCAAGCCCAUAAUACUUUAAAACAAAAGGAAAAAGAAGGGGAACAACUUCAAGGGACCAUAAAUGAAUUAAAGCAAUCAACUGAAAAGAAGAAAAAGCAAAUUGAAGCACUCCAAGGAGAAGUAAAAAUUGCUAUUUCACAGAAGACAGAGCUUGAGAAUAAACUACAGCAGCAGUCAACACAGGGAGCCCAGGAACUUGCAGCACAGAAGGAGAAAAUUGCAGUGCUUCAAGACACCUAUGAUAAAUCUCAGGAAAGUCUAAAACAGCUUCAAUCUGAUUUCUAUGGGAAGGAAUCUGAACUUCUAGCUACCAGGCAAGAUCUUAAGUCUGUAGAAGAGAAGCUUUCUCUAGCACAGGAGGACUUGAUUUCAAACAGAAACCAAAUUGGAAACCAAAAUAAAUUGAUUCAAGAACUGAAGACUGCCAAGGCUACUCUGGAACAGGAUUCUGCAAAGAAAGAACAACAGUUAAAGGAGCAGUUUAAAGCAUUACAAGAUAUUCAAAAAGAAAAGUCAUUGAAAGAAAAUGAACUAGUAAAUGAAAAAUCUAAAUUGGCAGAAAUAGAAGAAAUUAAAUGUAGACAAGAAAAAGAGAUCACUAAAUUAAGUGAAGAACUCAUGUCCUAUAAACAAGAAAGUGUAAAGGAGGUAACAAAUCUCAAGGAUGCUAAACAGCUUUUGAUUCAGCAGAAAUUAGAACUUCAAGGGAAAGUAGAUUCCUUGAAGUCAACUCUUGAACAGGAGAAGAAAAACCAGCAGAUGCUGAAAGAGCGGGUGAAAAAGGAAGAAGAUGAGCUGAAGAAAGAAUUUAUUGAGAAAGAAGCUAAACUGCAUUCUGAAAUAAAAGAAAAAGAAGUAGGAAUGAAGAAACAUGAAGAAAAUGAGACCAAACUUACCAUGCAGAUCACAGCAUUAAAUGAAAAUUUAGGCACUGUAAAGAAAGAGUGGCAAUCUAGUCAACGGAGAGUUAGUGAACUUGAGAAACAAACGGAUGACUUACGGGGUGAAAUUGCAGUAUUAGAAGCAACAGUUCAAAAUAAUCAGGAUGAAAGGAGAGCACUACUAGAAAGAUGUCUUAAAGGAGAAGGUGAAAUAGAAAAACUUCAGAUCAAAGUACUAGAGUUGCAAAGAAAGCUGGAUAAUACAACGGCAGCAGUGCAGGAGCUGGGCAGAGAGAAUCAGUCCCUUCAGAUUAAACAUACACAAGCCUUGAAUAGAAAGUGGGCUGAAGACAAUGAAGUACAAAACUGUAUGGCCUGUGGAAAAGGCUUUUCAGUAACAGUGAGACGGCAUCACUGCAGACAGUGUGGGAAUAUCUUCUGUGCUGAGUGUUCAGCCAAAAAUGCCUUAACUCCUUCUUCCAAGAAGCCUGUUCGUGUCUGUGAUGCAUGUUUCAAUGACCUGCAAGGAUAGUGGGUUAUCACAACUUCAGAGUAUUAUUACACUAACAUUAGAUUUUUUUAAUAAAUGUACUUAAUGGAGUCUUGGACUACUAUUUGAUUUGGACACUGGUUGCAAUACUAGACCAGAUUAGAAUUCGUAUAUUUUGGAAUGUUAUCAAUAUCAAGUAAAAUUCUAUUUUUGUGAGACUUGGGCUCAUAUUUCAUUACUUUUUUCCAUUUAGCCCCUGGAACAGCUUUCAUGAUUAAGUUUAGAAUCAGCCAAUGAAAUGUAAAUAAACUUUGGACAGAAAAUAGCAAUGUAUUUUUUUAAAUAUAAUUUCACUGUUCACAAAUGAUGAAUAUAAUUCCAUAGCUUACUUCUUUCUCCCAAAUUUAAUGUACAAAAAUGUACAUGGAUGAUACUGUCACAUGUUGCUGUUUUUUGUUGCACAGUAACAUAUUAAUUAGAUUAAAUAGUCUCUGUGAUAUGCACAAAACUGUAAUACUUUGACUACCAUUUUCUCUUAUAGAUAGGUCCAUGGCUCAGUUGCAUUGUUAUGUUUAUCAGUUUAUUACUUAAAAAUAUGUAUUAACCAUACAGUCAUACCUGGGUUUUGUUUUCAUAAUAUUGAUUAAAUUCUCUUGGGUGGAUUUUAUGAAAACUUCUCUAAAAUCAAUUUGUUUACUUUGUAUCUAUCCUGGGGUGAAAUUUUAAAGAUUAGCGUUAACUUUUCUUUUUCUUCUUGUCUUUUUUGGUCUCAUUUUAAAACUUCCACAUAUUGUCCAUUAAAAAUCCUACGAAGUUUCUAACCUGGGGACAGCAGGUGGCAUGGUGGCUAAGGCUUGGACUCACAUAUGACUGACCAUGGUUCAAAACCCACACCUAGUGGUUUGAAAAUCA